AUGAAGUCUGUUUACGUGCUAAUGUUGCUGAGCCAGCUCACAGCGGCAGCUUUCCCGAAUCCCGGUGGGAAUAGUUCGAAAUGGAGGCUGAAGAAGUUCAAAAGCUUGGUUACCUUUGGAGAUAGCUACACUGAUGAAAGUCGAUAUGGCUAUUUUGCCAGUCACAACGGCUCUGCGCCUCCAGUUGGCUGGGUCGAUCCCAUAAGCAACAAUACUUCAUCCGGUGGAUACAUUUGGGCCCGUUAUGUUGCCAUUUCUGCGAACGUCAAUCUCUACGACUAUGCUGUUGAUGGUGCCGUCUGCUCCAAUGAGAUCUCUCCUCGAUAUGUCCCUUCUAUCAACGGCAACUUUCCAUCGGUUCUCGAGUAUGAAGUGCCAGCUUACGUUGCCGAUAGCAAAUUCGUCACGAACGGAUCUCCGUUCCUGGACAUUCCACCUUGGGGGACUGUUUAUUCAAUGUGGAUUGGAACCAAUGACCUGGGUGAAGAUGCGUUCCUAACAGAUUCUCAAGUACCCGGGAGAUCCCUUCCAGAUUAUACGGAGUGCGUAUUCACGGCAUUAGAUAAGAUUUAUGCGAAUGGUGCUCGGUACUUUGUACUUCAGAAUGUCAUUCCGCUACAACUUGUCCCUCUCUAUGCAACACCAAAAAAUGGCGGUGUAUAUGCUACAUAUGGAGACACAAGUGGGACACCGAAUGUCACAGAGACCUCGUACAGGAUGUGGGAGAGCGUGAAGACCGUCAACGAGAUCUACAAAUAUCAACUUCCGUUCGAGUUGUUGAUUCGAAACAGGUAUCCUGGUGCUCAAUUUGCUCUUAUGGAUAUGUACAGCAUUAUUUCCGACAUAUACUACAACCCUGAGCAAUAUCUCGCUUCGCCAGCCAAUGUCACCGGAUUCAUUGAACACUGUGAUGCACGUGGGGAGUGCUCUCGUUUACCAAAUGAAGAAUCUUUUCUGUGGUAUAAUUAUCUUCACCCUUCCUGGAAAACGGAUUCAAUCAUCGCGGAGCGAUUUGUUGAGGUCGUUGAGGGUCGGAGCAAGUAUGCUACGUACUGGGGAUGA